AUGAGCAAAAAAACAUGCGAAUAUAAAUUCCAUACCGAAUUCCAAUCUCACGAGCCGGAAUUUGAUUACCUAAAAUCCUUAGAGAUUGAAGAGAAAAUCAACAAAAUAAAAUGGUGCAGACGACAAAAUGCAUCCCAUUAUCUCCUUUCGACCAACGAUAAGACCAUAAAGCUUUGGAAAGUGUUUGACAAGUCGUUAAAGGUCGUUGCGGAAAAUAACCUCUCUCAUGAUCUCACCCCGGCAGGCGCUGUAGCUGGUGGAGGCAUGCCACGCGCCCCGCAAAUUUCCUUCCGUGACGCAUCCUCGCUCAAAUUGCCUCGCCUCACCCAUCAUGACACUGUAGUUGUUGCAGUUCCUCGACGUAUCUAUGCUAAUGCCCAUGCUUACCACAUCAAUAGCAUAUCGGUCAACAGUGAUGGCGAAACAUUCAUCAGCAGUGACGAUCUUCGAAUCAACCUAUGGAACUUAAAUAUCCAAGAUCAGAGCUUCAAUAUUGUUGAUAUUAAGCCCGCAAAUAUGGAAGAACUGACGGAAGUUAUUACAGCUGCGGAAUUCCAUCCUACUAGUUGUAAUUGGUUCAUGUAUGCUAGUUCUAAGGGAACUAUCAAACUCGCAGAUAUGAGGCAGAGUGCUCUCUGUGAUCAGCAUCACAAACAAUUCGAGCAAGAAGAGGAUGCUUCUUCCCGUUCUUUCUUUUCCGAAAUCAUUUCCUCCAUUUCUGACGUCCGUUUCUCGAAUGACGGGCGCUAUAUACUAUCUCGCGACUACCUAACGGUCAAAAUAUGGGAUGUCAACAUGGAAAGACAGCCUUUAAAAAUGAUCCCGAUCCACGAGCACCUCCGCCCCCGGCUUUGCGAUACGUAUGAAAACGACAGCAUCUUUGAUAAAUUCGAGGUGGCCGACAAGACUGCAUUCAAAGCAAAGAAAGUUGGCGUACCGACUCCCAUAAAUUCUUCCGCGUCAACCAAUAAAAAGGGGGGAUCGAGGGCUGGUAGUCCUGCAGGUGCUGGUGGAAGGAUGAAGAAAGAAACAGACGCAGAUCAAAUCGAUUUCAACAAAAAAAUUCUGCAUAUGAGUUGGCAUCCUUUCGAAGAUAGCAUUGCAAUCGCGGCCACUAACAAUCUAUUCGUGUUCUCAGCCCUGUGA